AUGACAAUCGCAGGAAAAUUCAUAGGAUGGCAAGCAGAGCAAACUACUGGCAAUAUAAUUGAUGUACUGAGCGAUACAUGUCGUGCAGUGUCGGGUUCAAAUAUAGUUGGUAUCAUUGGACCAGCAUUAUCAAGAGAAGCUUCUAUAAUUGCUCCUUUUGGUGAAAAAAUUGGUAUACCGGUUAUAUCAUAUUCUGCAACUGAUCCUGGUUUAUCUAAUCGAAAUACUUAUCCUACUUUUUAUCGUACAGUUUCUUCGGACAAUGCAGCUGCAUUAGCUCUUGUAAAACUAUUCAUUCGGUUUAAUUGGACAUCUUGUACAAUAAUUUAUCAAGAUGAUGCAUUUGGAUAUGGUGGAGCCAAAGUUAUAAGUGAUGCAUUUAAUAGAAGUGGAUUAAUAGUCCGACAAAUGGUUGCUUUUGAUAUUGCUACAUUUAGUAUUCGUGGUGAUUUGAAAAGUCUUUUAACUAAUGCUGCAACACGAAUUGUUGUGUUAUGGGCUGAACGAAUUUAUACAUCUUUGAUUUUGCAAAAGGCUCUUGACUUGAAUUUAAUUGGUCCAUAUUUUACAUGGAUACUAAGCGCCAGUAUCUCAUUAAAUUCUUUCAAUCAAACAUUCCAUCAAAACUUAAUUGGAAUGCUUCUGAUUGAACCAGCUACAGGAUCUGUUGUCAAUCAAUCAAUUAAUGCAACAUUAUUAAAUGCAGCAUAUAGUAUUUGGCAACAAUAUGACCCUGAAUCAUUUCCUGGAUCGAUGAAUGUAGAUUAUUAUGCAUUAUUUGCAUUUGAUGCAACAUGGGCAUUAGUUCAAGCAUUACAACAAUUGUGUGCAUCAAAAAAAUAUAUUUCUUCCUCAUGUUUGCCAUUUGUUGGAUCUUCAUUCUGUUAUGAUCGUCGUUUCAUACAUUCUCAGUCAUUAUUAGAUGUAGUUAGUAGAACAGAAUUUCUUGGUGUAUCAGGUCCUAUAAAAUUUAGUGUAAAUGUAACAGAUCGAAUAACUGGCUUGUACUAUACUGCAAAAAAUGUUCAACCGUCUUCGAACGGUUUGAAUUUUGUUUCCAUAUUAGAAUAUGCUCAUCCUCAUGAUUGGAGAAUACCUACAAAGGAAAAUGUUAUAAUAUGGCCAGGCAAUACAUUAACACCACCUACUGGUAGAGCAAUUCUCAAUGGCGUAAAUUUACGAAUAGGUCUUCGCGAAUCAGCUCCAUUUACAAUAGUUCAACAGGUCAUAGAUGAAUCUGGACAAAGUACAAUACAAUAUAGUGGCUUUGUACCAGAUCUUAUUAAUAUUUUACAAAGUAAAAUGGGAUUUAUUCCAAUUAUGAAAUUAGUACCAUCAAAUCAAACAUAUAAUGAAUUCGUUCAAGGAGUAAGUAACGGUGUUUAUGAUAUAGCGAUAGGUGAUGUGACUGUUACCGCUGCACGAAGAGAAUUUGUCGAUUUUUCCAAUGCUAUAUUUGAUAAUUCUUUACGUAUUAUUACACGAAAAACAACCCGUACUAGUACCGAUCUGUUCGCAUUCUUGAAAACAUUUACACGUAAUCUCUGGUUAUUAGUCUUAGGUACUGUAAUCUUUGCUGGUAUUUUGAUGUUUAUAAUAGAGAGACAAGAUAACGAAGCAUUACAAAAUCAUUCAAUACUGUCUCAAGUUACAAUGAGUGUAUGGUAUGCUUUUGGUAAUCUUAUUGGAUAUGGUGUAGAUUUUUCUACCAAUACAGCUGCUGGACGUUUAUUAACUGCUGGUUUAUAUAUCUUAGGUUUGAUAUUAGUAGCAUCAUAUACUGCAAAUUUGGCAUCUGAACUGACAAUAGCAAAAUCAAAAGAUUUUAUUUCUGGAAUUGAUGAUAUUAAAAAUGGAAAAAUACCAUUUAAUCGUAUCGGUAUUCUUGUAGGUGCCGCUGAGGAAGAAUAUUAUUUAAGAGAAGUAUCUGAAGGAAAUAAAAAUUAUUAUCCAUUGACAUCUCGAGCGCAUUUAUAUGAGAGUCUACUCGCAGGUAUUAUUGACAUAUCUUUUACAGAUAGUGGUAUUAGUGAAUACGCCACGAAUAAUAUUUAUUGUAAUUUAACUUUAAUUGGAAACGAUUUUAACAAAGGUGCGUUUGGUAUUGUAACUCCUCGAGAAUGGUUAUAUGCACAAGAUUUAGAUGUCAAUAUUCUAUCACUAAGAGAAUCAGGCGAUCUUGAGAAUUUAAGAAACAAAUGGUUUGAAGUAAAGAAUUGUCUGAACUCAUUUGAAGCAUCGACUGCAAUUGGAAUUGAAGCAGUAAGUGGAUUAUUUUUGGUUUUUGGAGUGAUUAUUAUUUUAUCAUUAGUAUUAUUUGUAUGGACGAAACGACAUAAUAUAAAAAAUGGUUUAUUUUUAUUAAUAUAUAUAUAUAUAAAUUUUCAACUGUGA